CUUUGCAUCUUGUCUGUCAUAGAACCAACAGGGUUCAAGUGAAUCCCUCUAUUUCACUGAAAUAAUUGUCUGUAUUCUCCUGAUAUACAUUGGGAAAUUGCACAUUUCGUGGGUGUGUUUAGCUCGAGCGUCCCCCGUCCCCCGCCCCGCAGCUCAGCGUCAUGACGAAGAGGCCAUCCCGGGCUUGCUGGAAACUGGAAGAUCUCUCCGCUUGUAUAAUCAGCCAAAAUGGCUGCUAACUACUGGGCAUCAACCCAACGGCGACAUUGGCUGUUUACUCGGGAGCGACUGACGGAGCUUCGGGAGAGCUUCAAAGAGAAGGAUAAAAACGCACAUUCCCAAUUUCCUUUGCCAGACCAAAGACUACUCAACAUCUACUUCAGUCAGCAGCUCAUAAAGCUGGGCAAGAGGAUGUCAACCAGACAACAAGCCCUCGCCACAGCCCAAGUCUAUAUCAAGAGAUACUAUACCAAGAACGAAAUCAGGCACACAAACCCAUACCUUGUCACUACCACCGCAUUCUAUCUCGCUUGCAAAAUGGAAGAGUGCCCGCAACAUAUCCGAUUUGUUGUUGGUGAAGCUCGCGGCCUUUGGCCAGAGUUUAUCGCUCCGGAUGUCUCGAAGCUCGGCGAAUGCGAGUUUUCACUGAUCUCCGAGAUGAACUCACAACUUAUCGUGCACCACCCAUACCGAACACUCUCGGACCUCCAACCAGAAUUAUCCCUUACAUCAGAUGAGGUGGCUCUUGCGUGGUCUGUGAUUAACGACCACUAUCUAACCGACUUGCCAUUAUUGUACCCGCCCCAUGUUAUUGCGGUUAUGGCAAUUAUUGUGGCUGUUGUUUUCAAACCGAGUAGCCAAACCGCCUUCCAUGGAACUGCAGCUCCUAUAGCGGCGGCAAUGCGAGACGGUGGCAUGAAUAUCCUCGCAGCUUUGGGCGAUAAGAAUGGAGCUGGACCUCCGCCUAGAAUUCAGAAGCUCGUUGCCUGGCUUGCUGAAAGUGAGGUUGACAUCAGAGCGGUUAUUGAAUGUACACAGGAGCUGGUGUCUCUCUACGAAGUGUGGGAACAAUACAGUGAGAAGCACUGUAAAGAGCUACUAACCAGAAUGAUCAGGGGGAAGACCUUGGAAAAAUAAUUUUUUUUUGCCCUCUCAUUCAUCAAAUGGCGCCGGCGUUUAGGUUUGGUUGGAUUAAACCAUGUCCAAUUUUCGCUUGUAUUAGGGAAUCAUGACAUUCAACAUUUAUCUAUCACGUAUGGUGUGGUAUUAGAGUAUAUAUUAUAGCAUACAUCAAACUAAACCGAAAGAUCUUUGUGCUUGAGUGAUUUUCUA